AUGCAGGCUCCGCCACUCGAGCAACACGAACAGUCAAGCGCGUCGCGUGAAGCGCGCACUGCCUUGGAUAAGACAAACUCGCCAUUCGAUGCGCAAAGAAUGCGUCAAAAAACAGACCUUACAUCACAGACGAGGCCCCGAUACCAGUCAAUCCAGUCUCUUGAUUUGCCAGGCCAGUAUCCUCAGACUGCGGGCAUCCCAGGUCAAUUCACUCAGCGCGUGGGCAUACCUAGCUGUGGUUACCCUAGCCAAGACUACCAGUCUGACUUCGGCUUUCGCACUGGUAAUACUUUCGUUAAUCAGACUGGUCCUGGUCAGUUUCCAGGUGAAUACGCGGAAAUGAUCGUUGACUUCGUCACAAAGCGGUUCCGCAAAGCCAAGGACAAGAGAAAAAGCGAGAUGCGAGAUCUUGGCGAGGAUCUGUGGAAGUUCUUGCAGCAGGAACACCUCCGCAAAUACGAAUUGCAGGUGGGCCAGCUUUAUGAUGACUGGAACGAUUUCAUCGACACUCAGUCCGCUACCGAGGAGUUGCAAGAGGAGUCAGUUGAUAUGCCAAUCGAGGACAAUCAUGCUGAGCCCGAAACUAUAAUGAAAGCCAUAGACAACGUGGAUGGCAACGCCAAAGCUCAGGCUCAGGCUGAUGCCGAUGCUCUCUUCAAGGCCCAACAAAAGCUCGAACGGACCAAAGAGGAGCUUGCAUGGACUCAAGGUGAGCUUACAAGGACCAGAGGGGAGCUGGCCAAGCUUCAACAUGAGAAACUCGAGACAGAGAAGAAGAGCAUUGAACCCAAGUUACUCCCAUCUGACAGGCCCGCCCAACACGCCUCAUCAGCAGCAUCGCAGGAGGAAGAUCGGACCAAGAGACUUGAAGAGCAAAGCUCACCGGCAGCUAGCCAGAUCAUCGGCUUGAGAACAGCGAUUCCCCCGUUUCCAGAGCCUCUCGGUCAAACAGAGAAGUCGGGCGGCUCGCAGAGUAUCGUCUUCGAACCGCUAGAUCAUGAUGCAGCCUCAUCGCCUCACCUGGUGCCACGUCAGGUCUUGACGCAGAGUCAGAAGCAAGGCGACUCGAUCGACCACGCCUACAAUCUCGCCAAAGCUCUCGGCUUGCAGGUGCCCACUCACGAGAGCUCACAGGUAACGUAUCUGCAUCCCGUAGGGCUUCAGAAGGCUUAA